AUGGCACCCGUCGAACCGCUCCUACCAGGCGAUCUGGCGCCCGAGCAGAAAGACACGGGACAUACAAGCCAUCACAACACCUACAACCCGCCAGUUACUUCUUCUUCUGCUUCUUCCAGGCGCAGGUCGCAUUCCGUCACAGCAGCCAUGCUCGCAGCAGCAGAAGCAGGACCCAUGCUCUCCCGGUCUCCGUCCUCCGACCGAACAACAGACUCAAGGUCAGCAGCGUCGUCCAGCAGUGGCGCUAAUAUUAGGGAAACGCUCGGUCUGGCCGGGGUUGCGCGUCGCACUCUCGGCAUUGCGCUAUUGCUUGUGGUCGUGUUUCUAUGGACGCUGUCAAACUUCUUGGCGAGUUAUAUCUUCUCCGACGGGACAUACAACAAGCCGUUCUUCCUCGUCUACGUCAACACCUCGUGCUUUGCCGUCUCGCUUAUCCCGAUUACGAUACGAUACGCCAUGCAGAAUGGGACGGAUCCGUUGGUGGCUGGCGCGCUGGCGAUGUGGCGGGGCCGGCGGUUCGGGUUGGUGCCACUCAAGACGCGAGAUGAUGAAGCGGAGGAGGGCAGCAGGGACGAGGAUGCCGCCGCCGGGGAGCGGUUGCUCGUCGAUGAUGAGGGCAGUCUGGAGGCGCUGGACUCGCCACGCAAGGAAGAGAAGCUCGGCUUGGGUGAGACGGCGCGGCUCAGUCUCGAGUUCUCGAUGCUGUGGUUUGCCGCCAACUACUUCGCCUCGGCGUGCCUCGAAUAUACCAGCGUCGGCAGUGUGACCAUCCUGACGUCGACGAGCAGCAUAUGGACGCUCAUAUUCUGCGCUCUCACGAGGGUCGAGAGCUUUACGGUGCGGAAGCUGAUAGGGGUGCUCGCGUCUUUGACCGGGGUCAUACUCAUUUCCUCGGUUGAUCUGUCGGGGGCCAACGAUGAUAAUCGCGGCAGCUUUCCGCACAAGUCGACGGCGCAGAUUGCAAUUGGGGAUGCCAUGGCGUUCUUUAGCGCCAUAAUAUACGGUGUCUACGUCACCGUCAUGAAAAGGAGGGUGGGAAAUGAGGAUAGGGUGAACAUGCCCUUGUUCUUCGGCCUCGUGGGCUUGUUCAACGUGGUAUUGCUGUGGCCGGGGUUCUUCAUCCUACAUUUCACCGGCAUUGAACCGUUCGAACUGCCGCCGACGGGUAGAGUCUGGGUGAUCAUCGCGAUGAACUCUGCUGCUUCCUUCUUCAGCGACAUCCUGUGGGCAUACGCAAUGCUGCUCACGACGCCGCUCGUUGUCACGGUCGGCUUGUCCCUGAAUAUUCCCUUGUCACUGAUUGGCGAGAUGAUCCAGUACUCUCAGUAUUCAAGCUGGGUAUACUGGGUAGGAGCGGGGGUUGUGUUCAUGUCAUUCCUGUUCGUCAAUCACGAGAGCCAGGAAGAAGACGCGGACGACAAGGAGCGCGGCCCUGCUGGGGCUGACAGGAGUGCGGUAUAG